GCGUCGGCAUAUCCGCACGAGAACAAUUGCGACGAAGGGGUUCAUUUUGAAAGAAAUACUAUAGCACAAUUGAGCAUUUGUCAUGCCCGAUCAUGAUGGUUUGAUGAGGAUUUUUUGGCCGAGGGAUAUACCGAGAAGUGAUUCACCCGGAGUCAUAGUUGGCUGGAGGAACUCUGGCCUUGAUAUAUUUGUGGUUGCGAUAUUGGAGGAUGUUGAUGUGAGCAGUAACAAGGCUACGAAACUAGGACCGACUGACAUAAAUUCAGGCGCGGAAUGUAGAAAAUGCAUUGAAAGUCGGAACCCUAUUCCGGAAUGCAAGUCAUCCUAUCGAAAGAAUAUAUGAAUUAUGCGGGCAAUCCUCACUGCAGGUAUUGGGCCUGGCAAAUUCCCCAAAAGCAGAUGUCGAUACUCUCCAAAUUCGCGCGACUACAGGAUCAGCCUACAAAUUACCCCAGAUUUCUUGUGCCCGUGCAUCAACAAAUCAAAUAGUCGUAUUUGAUCGACCUCAACCUAAUAGGAUGCAGUACAUUUCUUUAAAGCCAAUAUCAUUAGCAUUAGAUGACAAGGCUGAAAUGGCGUUUCAUGCGCCUGGCAGUGUUGAUGCUGAGGAAGAAAAAGAAGAAUUAAGACAGAGGAAGAGGACCCAAGAACUGGUGGAAAAGUUGAAGUAUCAUUCUGUGGUUAAACAUCCGCCAUCGCAGAAAGAACUUGCCUUACCAAGAAUAGUCAAUCAAAUCAAUUGUGCUUGGGAGGUCCAUCAACUAUUACAGAAAAACAUCUCGCUUGUUGGAGCUCGGUCAAGGAGAAGUCUGAGCGUAUCUGAAAGGGUAGUGGAGUCAGCAACCACAAUGCGUGACUUCAUUCUUUUGGCAAUAUGGCAAUUGAUCACUCUCUACAUAUAUCCCAUCCUCAGACGUGGAUUUGUCAUUGGUCUUAUAUGCCAUAGAUUUGCAGCUGAAGCUUUACUGUUGGUUCUAGAAUGGAGAGCUAAGCCAGAUUAUGCAGCUUUGAAAGAUAUCUCCGCAACUGCACAACAGGUUGAAAUUCGCUUACAACAGUUCUGUUACUGGCCCAUGCAAUAUGUUACACUUCGGAGGAGUAAGAGAGAUUGGGCCAGUGUAACGACAAGCCACCCGGAGUAUAUAAGGUUUUACAAUAGCCUUUGGCUCGUUGCCAAUGAUGUAAUAAUUGGAAUUGCAUUGGGAUCCUAUAUCAUUGAUAAUUCCGCCUGGGUUGCAGAAACCAUCAGUGACAUCCUAAGCACUUAUUCAAUAGCUGCACUACGAAGAACGAUAAAAUGGUUGAUGGACUGGCCGGCUGGAUUAAAACUCAACACUGAACUGGCUGCUUUCUUGGGUGAUUUGUUCUUAUGGGUCAUUGAUCAUUGGUCAAGUAUGAUUAUUCCCUACUCCAAUAAGCUAUGCAUCAAUUAACUGUUAUAGGCUGUAUUGAAACUUUACAUCCAGUAUUGCCUCAUGUUAUUUGGGUUGUUGGUUUUUCCAGUUUUGCUGGAGCCAGCAUGCCAAUCGCCUUGUUUUCCGACCUGCUCACGAUCCUAACACUUCACAUCUACUCUUUUUAUAUGGCUUCUGCACGUAUAUUCAAUUGGCAGUAUACAAUCCUCCUCUCUUUAUUCCAACUGUUCCGUGGCAAGAAGCAUAAUGUUCUUCGAAAACGUAUCGAUUCUUGCGAUUAUGAUCUCGACCAAUUAUUACUUGGCACGAUUUUAUUUACUCUAUUGUUCUUCCUCUUACCUACAGUACUUGUCUUCUACUUAGCAUUUGCAUGUGCACGUAUGGCUAUUAUCUCGUUGAAAGCUGUUUUAGACGCUUUACUUGCAUGCUUAAAUCAUUUUCCACUUUUUGCCUUAAUGUUACGGAUAAAAGAUUCGCAAAGAUUACCAGGUUUGUUCUCACCGGAAGACAUUGUCGAACUACAUUAUACUGACAUAAAAAGGUGGUAUACGAUUUGAACUUCGAGAUGCUCAACAACUAGCAAGUCAAAUACCUAGUACUCCAUCUCCUCCACCAACAUCUUAUAUAUAUCUCAAAGUAUGAUUCUCCUCACAUUCAUCUAUAUUCGCACUCUAACAUAAAAUUUACAGUCCGUCCCUCUCACUUUCCGCGCCAUGUUUCAUCAAUAUUUCCAACUCGGUCAUCGUAUCCGGAAACACUAUGCCUCACCUCGUGUUCUCCUUUGUCUAGCAACUGGUAAAUUCGUUCCACCCAUUCAUCGCAAAAAUCUUUAUUCUCUUCAAUACAGUAUGUUGCCAGCGCGUAGAACGGGGAUUAUGUAUAUGUGGUAUGCGUUAACGGCGAACACGGAUGAAGGAAAGGAGAAGGACAAGAGGAGAGGUAGUGCUGGGUGGUUGAAUGGUGGGGUUGCUGGUUUGGCUAUGGGUAAUGGAAAUUUGAGGAGGGGAAAUGGGUAUAUGGCUAGAAGGGGUGGGCAUUAGGAAGGAUGGGGAUGGGGAUGGGGAUAAAUGUAAGGAUGAGGAAUGACGGAAACGAAAGAUUAUGUUUUGUAUAUAUGAUUUGGUUUGAUGGAUGGAUGGACCACACAGGACGAGAUGAGAUAAUUAAAUGGUAUAUGAGGGUUGGGUGGUUGGGGUUGGGUGUGACAGGUUUUGUAUGUACUGUAUGUAGAUACUGAUUACUUAAUGAUAAUAUUUCAAGAACC